ACUGUUCUGGAUAUCUUACUUCAAUUAUGGAAGAAUCGUUCUUUUAAAGUUGAUCUCACCUUUGAUCACAUCAAAGCUGUGCUUAUGAACGUAUUUGUGGGUGGAACAGACACCGGUGCAGCAACUGUGGUUUGGGCCAUGACCUUACUGAUGAAGAAUCCCAUAACAAUGAAGAAAGCUCAAGAAGAAAUUAGAAAACUUGUUGGGAAGAAAGGUUUUGUAGAAGAAGAUGAUGUUCAACAACUACCUUAUCUCAAAGCUGUGAUCAAAGAAACAAUGAGAUUGCAACCCACAGUUCCCUUAUUAGUCCCAAGGGAAUCAACUGAAGACUGUGUGUUAGAUGGAUAUGACAUACCAGCAAAAACUGUAGUUUAUGUGAAUGCAUGGGCAAUUGGAAGAGAUCCUGAAAUCUGGAAAAACCCAGAAGAGCUUAAUCCUGAGAGACUCAUCAAUAGCUCUAUUGACUUGAAAGGCCAAGAUUUUGAGCUGACACCAUUUGGAGCUGGUAGAAGAAUUUGUCCUGGGAUUUUUAUGGGUCUGGCAACUGUGGAGGUAUCUCUAGCUAAUCUGCUUUACAAAUUUGAUUGGGAGAUGCCUGUUGGAAUGAAGAAGGAAGACUUGGACAUGGUUGUGCAACCUGGUAUUACUAUGCACAAGAAAAAUGCUCUUUGUCUUAUGGCCAGGAAGUAUCUCUGAUGAAAGGGCACAAUACAUUUAUAUGAGAAUCCUUUUAUGUAUAUAAGAAGAGGUUGUACUUCUCUUCUAUUAAAUAACGUCUUGUGCUUGUUUUUAGUUCUUCCUGAUUUUUUUUUUGUCAGAAACUGAGGUUUUAAUUUAAUGUUAUGAUACCAUAGUAGACAUAAUAUUCAAAUAAGGUUCAGUUUUCCUC